AUGUCUAAAAACCAACUCCAAGUUGUUGGAGAGUUCACGAUCGGUCCUGAGAUAGGACGCGGGUCGUUUGCCAAUGUUUAUAAGGGAUAUCACAACAAGACCAAGAGUCCGGUGGCUGUCAAGUCUGUGUUUCGAAGUCGGUUAAAGAACCAGAAAUUGGUUGAGAACUUGGAGAUCGAAAUAUCCAUUCUCAAGAAUCUCAAGAACCCACACAUCGUGGCUCUUCUGGAUUGCGUCAAGACAGACCAGUAUUUCCAUCUGUUUAUGGAGUACUGCUCCCUGGGUGAUUUGUCCUACUUUAUCCGUCGAAGAGACCAAUUGGUCGACACUCAUCCACUUAUAAGCUCUAUUUUGGAGAGAUAUCCCUCGCCACCAAACAGCCAUGGCUUGAAUAAAGUUCUGGUGGUCAACUUCUUGAAACAGUUGGCGUCCGCCUUGGAAUUUCUAAGAGAUCAGAACUUGGUUCAUAGGGAUAUAAAGCCCCAGAACUUGUUGUUGUCUCCUCCUGUGCACUCCAAGGAAGAGUUCAAACAGAAGGGCUACUCGGGACUAUGGGAGUUACCGGUUCUCAAAAUCGCUGAUUUUGGCUUUGCCAGAUUCCUCCCUUCGACCUCCAUGGCCGAGACCUUGUGUGGCUCGCCGCUAUACAUGGCCCCAGAGAUCCUACGGUACGAGAAGUACAACGCCAAAGCAGACCUUUGGUCUGUUGGAGCCGUCAUCUACGAGAUGGCCGUUGGCAAACCUCCCUUCAGAGCGUCAAAUCACGUGGAAUUGCUGAGAAAGAUCGAAAAGUCCAAGGAUGAAAUUACGUUCCCAGUGUCGGCAGAGGUCCCCGACGAUCUUGUCAGGCUCAUCUGCGGUCUGCUGAAGGCCAAUCCAACGGAGCGGAUGGGAUUCCGUGAAUUUUUCAACGACCCGCUUAUCGUGUACGAUGUUCAAUGUGCAGACGAACCACUCGAGUGCUCCAACGUGGAUGAGCAGCUUUUCAUUAGCGAAUACCUCCCGAACCCAAAAUCACAGUCUCCUGUCAACAAGGCACCGGAAACGAUAGAAGAAGAGGCGGAGGAGGAAGACAGCACUGAUAACGUUCCUACAAAAUCUUUGUUGAUCGGAAAAGCACAAAACGUCAAGAUCCCAAAGCCAAUGGAGAGUUCGCGUAACGACGAGGUGAUAAAGAAGUUAAUUAAUAAGAGCAGUCCUCCGCCAGGGACUGCGAAAGACGGCCAACUUAAAAAAGGUGGCAAGAGAGAUAAGGAUGAUUAUGUUUACGAGCGAGACUACGUUGUCGUUGAGAAACGCACUGUGGAGGUGAAUGCUAUUGCUGAUGAGCUUGCAAAGGCAGGCACCGGAGCAGAGGCGAUCUCAACGCCAAAGUCAGGAAAUGUGGACCAGACCGGUCCAGCCUCAGGAGGUCCUAUGGGGGCCUUCACGCAGCGUCGUUUCUCGCCUUCUAGCCGUACCUCUUCUAUGGGAUCUAACCGCAGACCAAGUUUAGGAGACCGCAAGAUGCCGAUCUCCAUCAGUCCGACCAACGCGUUGACGAAGGCGUUGGGAUAUACCUCAAACAGACUUUUUGGCCAGCAACAGCAACAACAACAACAACAACAGCAACAACAGCAACAUACUGCCGCAGAUAGUGCACUUACGAAUAUAUCUGCGAGCCUGCUGGCUACCAAGACGUUGAGGCCUCUGCAGACCGGGCAGGCGUCGCUCGAGGACUCUGAAGUGAUCAGACAGCUUGAACUGCUGGCGACGAUGGCCCACGCAAUAUCGCUUUUCGCGGAGGUCAAGUCGAGCCAGCUGAUUCCGCUGCCCCCAUCUUCGUCGUCGACCAACAACCCCGUGUCGUCUGACUACGACGACGUUUUCCAGAACGAGCCGUUGCCCCCACAGAUGGUGAGGACGAUAAGCAGCGAGGGUGUUGCGUUGUACGUGGAGACGUUGUCGCUACUGGCGAAGGCUAUGUCGAUUGCGAGCGACUGGUGGCACCAGAAUUCGUCCAAGCCGGCCACUUCGCCGAAGCUGAACGAGCUGGUGCAGUGGAUACGGUCGCGGUUCAACGAGUCGUUGGAGAAGGCCGAGUUUCUGCGUCUGCGGCUUGCGGACGCGAACGAGAAGGUUGCUAGCAGCUCGGGCAGUCUGAGCAAGCCUGUUGUUGCAGAGAAGCUGAUCUUCGACCGUGCGUUGGAGAUGAGCCGGACCGCGGCGAUGAACGAGCUCAAGAACGAGGACCUGCUAGGGUGCGAGCUGAGCUACUCGACGGCGAUCUGGAUGCUGGAGGCGCUGCUAAGCAACGACGAGGAGCCGGUGACGGGCAACGAGAAGCUGGACGUGGAGGAUAAGAAGACCAUCGAGCUGUUCAUCAACAGCAUUGGCAAUAGAUUAAAGGUACUGAGGCUGAAGAUCGAGAAACAGGGAAUACGAAGUUAA